AUGGACUCCAUCGCGAGAAAAUAUCCUUACUGGAAACGUGUCCUUCAUAAGUUUCAAGCCAGAAGGGACAUUCCCUUCCGUAAGAAGUUUUUCGUGGGAUAUGACCUCCAUGGUAACACAUAUUGGGAAUUCACUAUUGAUGGCAAUAUGCAACGCUUACGACGCAAACUAGAACCAUACGAGGAGAAGUUUUUCAAAGCUGAUUACUUUGACACAGUCCCACCACAAUGGCUUCAAUGGCUCAGAAGGACAAGGGAACAAGCGCCUACAUUGCAGGAGUUAAUGAACGAGCAGAUCCGGCAGCAGAACAUCAAGAUUUUGGCCCAGCACGCAGAAGCAAAAUGGUACAAUGAAAAACAAAGGCUUGAAAACGAGAACCAGUUAAAGUUACAGGCUGAAUUGGAGAAGGUAGAGAAGGAAAAUAAGGAGUUUGAGGAACGUCAAAGAAAAAUGAAAGAUGCAGAAAAGACUACAGAAUCAGACCCAUGGGCGCUGGCUAAGGAAAAAUCCAAUCCUAUAGAGUCUGCAUCCAUUAAACCAAGAAGAUAA